UAACUCAAACAUUGAUUUGUUUUGAAACUGUUUUGUCAUUCAAUUGAUUGACAAUUGUUUACAAACCAAUCGAUCGCUCAUUUCAUUCAUCACUAAUUGUGUGAAUAUAUGUUUGAAUUGAAGACAUCGGCGGCCGAGACAUCGAUCGGAGCGCUAAACGCUGUUUAGGAGUACAUUAUCAUUGGAUUCAAGUGUUGUGACAAUUGGUGACCAUUGAGUGAGCGAUGGCUCGAAGAGAUGGUCAGUCGAGGGGUGAGUCGAGCGGUGGUCACAAUUGGCAACGACCUCAUCGGUCGCACCACUCGUCGCGAGCGCACACUUCUGGCCACCCGUGCGGUCAGAAUACCAUUCUUCACACGUUUGACGACGAGUUCUCAUUCAUCUCUCCGUGUCUUAAAUAUUCGCUUUUCUUCUUUAAUCUCAUAUUUUGGCUGAUUGGCGGGACACUGAUAGGUCUGGGCGGGUGGUCUUUCCUCGAAGAAUAUAACCAU